AUGGAGAAUGAGAUGGAGGACAUUCGAAAGUCGCUUAACCAUAUGUCUGAGGAGCUGCCCAAAGUGACUCAACAGCUGGCAAAGCUAAUGGGACUUUUUGAAGAAGUCAGACAACUGAAGGAGCUGAUUAAAGAAAAAGACAAAACUAUCAAUGAGCUUGAAAAGAGGAUUGAUCAGUUGGAACAGUACACGAGGAUGGACGACGUGAUUAUCACCGGACUGAGAGUUAAACCCCGCUCCUAUGCCAAGGCGGCAGCCGGGGGGAGAAACAUCAGUGAAGAUGCUGACACAGAGGACCAACAAUCACUGGAGACACAGGUUGUGACAUUUCUGAUGGAAAAGGACAUACAUCUAGAUGCCAAAAAUCUCGCAGCCUGUCAUAUGCUCCCAAGGAAAGAUAAGGGACAAACGAAUGGACCUUACUGUCUCUCACUGGAGUGGUGA